GCAUUGCAUCCAUUGCCAGCUGUCUGACGGAGCGCCAUGCCGCUCUGCGGGUCAGGGACGGCUCUGGCACGGCACGCGGCCCGUUUGCGGGCGGCCGAGCCGUGCGAGCCGGGGCCCAGAAUGCUGUUCCCGAUGUACACCGUGCCUUUGGAAGAUGUCUUCCAAAUGAGCAGCGUCGAGCCCUACGAAACCUUGACAUCAAGAGGAGUUCUGGUAGAGUUUCAGAAGGAGAUGGGAAAGGCGAUCUUUGUGUCCCAUCAAUGGGCCACGAAGGAGCAUCCCGAUCCCAGCUUUCGUCAGUUCGCGGUGUUUCAGGAAGCGAUGCGACGCAUUUUGACGGAGCUGUCAACCAUUCCGGUCAGCUGGUUGACGGAGAUGAGCCUACCCUUUAAGCCCUUGCCGACGAAAGACUUCCGAUCCGUGAAUUUAUUUGUUUGGUACGACUUCUUUUCUUGCCCUCAACUGAAGACUCAUGGAAAUCAGCAGACUCGAGCGAUCAGCAGCAUUCACGCCUAUGUGGCAACCUGUUCUUUCUUCUUCGCGCUGUGCCCUUUUAUCCAGGAACCUUCUGGUGGGGUUCUCGAUGCUGCAAGCUGGCGGACAAGAGGUUGGUGUCGUUCAGAACGAACCAUGCGUGAGCUGUCCGGGGGUUCUUGGAUCUUGGUCCAGAGCGCCACUCAGAUCGAGCUGGCCUGGACCAACAUCGUGACGGAUGGGUUGACGGGCCAAGGCCAUUUUGCUGUGGCAGAAGACAAGGCCAGGCUUGGCCCAGUUUUGGCCGCUGCUUUGAGGCGAAAGAUGAUCCGAGCUUUGCGAGACUUGGACUUUGUGACUUUCCGUUGCGAGCGCAAUCUACAGAGUGUGCAUCUGAAAGGUCUUGAUGUUGAUCCAGAGCCUUAUCUAAUCCCUGGCGAAGGCGCUCAUGCUUCGCCGACAACUGAUUUCUUGCACCAGAACGGGUUUCGGCAAAUCAAUGAGGUCGACAGCGGUGGGUUUAUGCCCGUGCACUAUGCCGCUUUGAAUGGCGAUCCCAAGCUGAUGAAGUCGCUCCUGGAAGAUCGAGCAGAUUUCACCAAGAGGACCCGAAAAUCCCAGGCCCUGCUUGGGUCAGGACCUGGUGUGUCGGCGCUCGCCUUGUGCAGUUUCUUUGGGCAUAACCAGGCCGCAAAUCAGCUGAUCUCAGCCAAGGCAAACGUCCGAGAAGGGGGGAUGACGCCUGCCUUGUCCAAUGCUGCCCUGGGGAGCAACAUCAAGGGAGUGCACAUCUUGUGCGAUUUGGGCGCCGAUCUUGAGAAGACGAACACAUUCGGGCAAUCAGCGUUGAGAUUUGGGUGCGCCGUGGACUCAGCGGCAGUGGUGGAAGAGCUUUUGAGUCGAAGCGGCCGGAAAACCCCCGUGGACCUCUCGAAGCUCUUGCAUGCAGCUGCGGUUUCAAUCAUGGGAGGUGCUCAAGUGACUCGCAGGCUCAUCGAACUGAAGGCCGACCUCAACGAGCAGUACCAGGUGCCAGGAUACUCUGUGGAGCAUACCGUGCUCAAGCUACAGUCCGUUCGGUACAGACUUGGCAUAGUGACAAACGCCACCAGAUUGCUUCAUCACUACCCUGGUGCUACACCGUUGAUGUUGGCCAUUCUUGCAGCUAACUAUCAGACGGCCUGGAUUUUGAUCACCGAAGGGGCCUGGCUGAACCUGCGCAACUCGAGGGGCUUCUCGGCCAAGGAUCUCGCCGACAUGACAGGGGUGCCGGACGUCAUCCUUGAGGCUUUGAACGGGGAGGCGGUGUACCAGCGCUUGUGAGGCCGGUUUGAUGUGACAAAAUCCAUACUAAAUCCCUCCGUGUGUUGAGGUUUGCAGUAUGCUUGAAGCAAAGUCCAUGGGAUGCCACGAUUUCACGUGCCUGGUGGCGCUGAGACUUCCUUUAUUCAUCCUCAGGGCCACCCGCAUCGAAUCUCAGUCCAAGGCAGGUGCUUGACUGGGGGCCAUGCGAGGCCUCAAAGUCUCACUUUUGGGUGUGGCUCAAAAUGAAACAGGAGCGGC